AGAUUUCUCUCCCUUGCAGUGGCCAAGGAGUACAGGUUUGAGGCAGGCAGCCACAUCCGCUACCAGCUGCCUGUCAGUGUGUCUGCCCGCAGGACGCUGCUGCAGGCCCUGGUGCGCACGCGGCAGCCGCACGGCGUCAUCGCCACCGUGCUGUCCCGGGCCAGGGACGAGCACAUCACCCUGCAGGUUGUUCAAGGACUCCUAGUGGUCUCAUACAAUCUGGGCGAUGGAAACUAUUCUGUAAGCCUUCCCUCCUACCACAUUGAUAAUGGUGAAUGGCAUCACAUCACACUGGAGAGAAAUGAAAAUGAAUUUACUCUUCGCCUUUAUGAGGGAGGUGGAAAGAGAGAGAUUACUAAAGCAGCAGGAAUAUACAAAGAGAUUGUCAUUGACCCCAGCAGCUUGGUCCUUGGAAACACCUACCCAUUCAAUCAAAACAGGAGUUUUCAAGGAUGUAUGAAGGAUGUCAGAUUUAACAACUACAGAAUCCCUCUGGACACUCAUGGGAAAGAGCUGGUGUCAGUAUUGAGUGCCCAAGGCAUCAAAGAAGGCUGUUCUUCGGAGGCCUGUAGGAAUAACCCUUGCAACCAGGAAUUUAUUUGUAUUGAUUUGUGGAUGAUGCAUGAAUGCAGCUGCCCUGCAGGACACAUGAUCCUGGAGAACGCCUCAGGCCAGCAGUGCGUGUACACGGCGUGCGCCGAGCGGCCCUGCAACUACGGCACCUGCGUGUCCCUGUCCCCCAGCACCUUCCAGUGCCACUGCCCCGACGGCUACACCGGCCGCCACUGCGAGAUCACCCUGGCCAUCUUCCACAAGGACACGGGCCUCAGCUUCACCUCCCUCUUCGCCAUCUGCGUCUGCUUCCUGGCGCUCCUAGCUCUGCUCAGCGCCGCCUUCCUCUGGGCUCACUGGAAGACGCGCAAGGGUCUGCACGGAGGUGUCUACCACGGAUCUGCUCAUCCUGAGGAUCUGGAGGACAUCAGGGAAAACAUCCUCAACUACAAUGAAGAAGGGGGUGGGGAGCAAGAUGAAGACGCGUACGACAUGGCGGAGCUGCAGGUGUCGGUGCAGGGCAGCCCGGCGCUCCGGAGGCAGCAGCAGCUCCCGCCCGCGCGGCUGGGCCGGGCGCUGCUGAGGGCGGCCGAGCGCGCGCCGGGCCCGCCGCCCGACUCGCUGCGCCGGUUCUGCACCGAGGGCGGCGGCUCCAGCGCCGGCAGCCUCAGCUCCCUCAGCUCCAUCGGCUCCCGCGGCUCCCUCAGCUCCAUCGGCUCCAUCGGCUCCAUCGGCUCCAUCGGCUCCCGCGGCUCCGCGGGGCUGCGCGGCGGCGCCGGCGAGGACAUCCACGAGUGGGGACCCAAGUUCGAGAAACUAAGGCAGCUGUACUCGCACAGAGAGGCAGCAGACCUGUAG